CUAAGACGUGGCCAGCCAGAAAUUUAAACCCAACGAGUUUGUCGUUGGUAAACACUCUUCUGAUAGCUUGCUUCUGUGAACGACCCAAAUCAUCCAGGUGACGCACUAGUCGUCUUACGGCUAUUUGACCUUCAAAUGCACUGUGACCUCUACAAUGAACAAUGCCACUGGGUCGUUGCCGCGUUUGCACGUUUGCAAGGUGCUGGCAUGGCUAAGUGUUCGUUCAUCCGACAGCUGAAGUUUGCUACCUGGUCAUUUUGCAUCUACUUCAUUGUUUGCAUUCUUCUCGGCGCGCCAAUAUUCGAACAAUGGAAAGAAACUGGUUUAAUGUCACUUGUGCUCACAAUAUGUACCAACAUUCCAUUCCUCAUGUUUUUCGAAGGAAAUCUUGAUAAUCUGAGAUCAGUUCUUGCUCCGUCGCUACCAGAAGAAAAGUUUGUUGCCUUCAUUGGUUAUGGUUGUGUUAUUGGGGCUUGGUUAUCAGCUGGUUUCUUAGUUUUAGAUUGGGACAGACCUUGGCAAGCGUGGCCUAUUCCAUGCAUCAUUGGAGCUGUUUUGGGAACUUUCACGGGAUGGGUGAUCUUCAAGUUAAUCUCUUAUUUAUCGCGAUAUCGAAUUUCAAGUGCUUCAAGCUAUGGAUCGUUUUCUCAAGUCUCUUCUGAUAAAUAUCGUUAUGACUAGGUUUGGUGAUAUAUAUACAACAGGAAGUUUCUGUGAUAAACACUCUAGUGUCCCUAACUGUUUCUUUUCUUACGAAAACUAUCUAAUUUAUGUACACUUUUUGCCUAAUAUAUAUAUUACUUUUUAC